AUGGCUAGACCACCGCCAUCUCGUGCUCUCUUCGAGUACGAAGCGAGUCACAACGCUAUCGUCUACGGCCCCUAUCGCAUUAGGAUCCCGGCCCGUCUAAAGGAGCGCCACCUCUAUGAAACAUAUGGGAUCCUCAACUCCGCCGAAUGCCGGCGACACCUAGCAGCCAUCCCGGACGGGACCGCCCCGCUCUACGACCACUCCGACUUUACACCCCUCCUAGACGGUUCCCAACCGUUGCCGUCGCUCGCGAUCUACGAUCUCUAG